AAACAAUCUGAACAGAUCAUUUUUUUACCUGUUCCCAUGGACUGCUGCUUGUCUAGUCCCGAGAGUGACUCUGCAUCACAAAUGUCGAGCCUCGAGCUUAACGACCUGCUUUCCAACUUGGGCGACUCGGAGUUUGCGUUCUUCAGCAACCUGGACAACUUUGACCUGGACGCGCUUCGCAAUCUCGACUUGACUUUGCCGACGUUGCCGACGCAGAGCAGCGGGUCCCUCUCUCCAGUCUCCUCUUCCUCCGAGCUCUCUUCUUGGUCGCCCGAGUCCCAGUCCGAGUUGCUGGUGUCACCGGCGCCUGUGGUGGCUUGCGCGCCUGAGCCCAUGACAAGCAUCCAGCGUGGCAAGCGCGCCCACGACGACUCGGAUGAAGAAGCUCAGGCCUCCAAGCGCGUUCGCCAGGACGAACCCUCCCCUCCCGAACUGCCUGCUUCUAAUGAUGGCGGUGCUGUCUCCCUCUUGGCUCGUGCAGUCUUGCUUGCGAACUCGCUGCUUUGUUGGGCUGGCGUGACUCCCGAUUCGGACCCCGUGAAGCGAGCUAAGCAGCUGCGUGUCCUUUUCAAAGAUCGCAUUCGGCCAUACAUUAUUCCAUGGGCGCAGAUGCGUUACGUCCGCGAUCGCCAUCACGUCGGCACUGCUGGGUCCCUUUUGACGAACGAAGACCAGUCUGCCAAACAGGCCAAGCGCCAUACCGUGGCAGAAAUGCUUGGUGAAAUACUUUGCUUUCCUAUCCAAGCACUGUCCGUCCCCAAGGUGGAUCCCCGAGUCUUUGAGGACAUGCAAAAGAGUCGAAAUGCUCGCAAGACAUGCGAGUCUGUGUUGGAAGGGCUGCAUGGUUCUUUGAAGCCGUAUUUCGUCAACCCCAACCUGUCCCCUCCUCUCGGGCCCUUUCGAUCCCAUGACGAGUUCUACCAGUUUGACAAGUUCGCCACGAAAAUUGCUCGCCUGUAUCGACCGACCCUGACCGUCGAUAUCUACAACGAAAUCCUUCGGGUGUUUCUAUCCGAUUGCCCCACGUUUAUUUUCCGCAAGUGACUUUUAGUCGCUUGAUUUUUAAGAAUCUACCUAACCAAUCUACCCUUGGAGACCUUUGACCUUUUGGAGGACUCAUUCGCGCGUCUGAGACAAGCAUCUCAGUGACGUGGCGGGCGAAACGACUUCUUUGCUUCUUGGAAGUUCUUUCACCCGUUACGACACUGGGAUGCUUUUCUCGAUGUGAUAAGCGCUCGCGUCUUGUUGUUCCUAUUUGAUGACAACUUCAGACCAUGUGCUGUUUGUGCGGAUGUUUCUUCAUUUGCUUCUUUUUGAAUGUUUCUGACUUUGGGUCAUCGUUUUUCAAGUGGACCAGCUUUUUUAGGUCACUUAUCGUUCAGUGUUUUUGUGUGUUGUUGUGUUGUACGGCGUUGCUGUGUUGCACGUAUUUGUCGUUGUUUUUUUCCCGUCCUUCAAAAAUACCGAAAACCAAAUAAAAAAUUGCAUGUUCCA